AUCAAAAAAUCAUUCAUCCCUGCCAUUAGUUUACCAAUGCCAACAACUUAAACUCAUUUCGGUCAUCCUCGAAAAAAUUUUACUGCAAUCGAAAUAAAAUUUUAAAGUUGAAAAUUAACAAUUCACAUUUUAGAAACUAAAGUGUGCUCUUGUAGAAAUUUAUAACGAAAAUUGAUUUAAGGCCUUUGAAGAGAAAAAGAAAAGUGUUUUCAAAAAAGUGAACUAUUAAUUGGAUUGGUAUUUAAAAAAAACAACAACAACGAUUAAUAAUCGACAUAUUGUAAAUGCAUUUUUGGAGUAGUGUGGUCUCUGUCUCUUGGUAAUUGAAUCAUCACAUAUUUUGUCGUAAAACACGAGAGUUGGAAAACGAUUCCACAUUUUUGCAAGAUUGUGGAAAGCAAGCGUGAAAGAGUGAAAAGAGGGAGCAGAAGCAGCUCGGUCUUUUCGAAUUGUGCUGGUAUAUUGGAUAGUGCGUGUCGGUCGUGCAUUUAUUUCGUUUAGACAGUCAGUCAUCGGUUAUUUUUCAUUCGUGCGGUUGAGUUAAAGGCGAUUCGAUUCGAGUCCAAGUUAGUGAGUUAGUGUCUAAUUAUAUAUUGGUUGAAAUUUGUAUUCUAAAAGUGAAAAAUAAAAGCUUCAGAUUUGGUUUUGUUUAAAUAGCCACGACUAUACUCUACGCCAGAAAUAUUUUGUAAACUCAUUCUGAAUUUUUGUUUGGCUCGUGUAAAUCAAAAGCCGUCAAAAUUGAAUCCACGAAGAUUGACGAGACUUUUUCCUCGUCUUCGACUGCGAUGGAGGAUAAAGCAACAACAAAAGAUCUGGAUCAAUGGAUUGAGCAGUUGAACGAAUGCAAUCAAUUGACGGAAACGCAAGCGAAGGAGAUCCUCUCCAAGGAAUCUAAUGUCCAGGAGGUAAAAUGUCCAGUCACAGUAUGUGGUGAUGUCCAUGGACAGUUUCAUGAUUUGAUGGAAUUAUUCCGGAUAGGUGGCAAAUCUCCCGACACUAAUUAUUUGUUUAUGGGUGAUUAUGUUGAUCGUGGUUACUAUUCAGUAGAAACCGUCACUUUGCUGGUGGCAUUAAAGGUUCGUUAUCGUGAGAGAAUAACGAUUCUACGCGGUAAUCACGAAUCGCGACAAAUUACUCAAGUUUAUGGAUUCUAUGAUGAAUGUUUGCGAAAAUAUGGCAAUGCAAACGUUUGGAAAUAUUUUACUGAUUUGUUUGAUUACUUACCACUAACGGCAUUAGUCGAUGGUCAAAUAUUUUGUUUACAUGGAGGGCUUAGUCCAUCUAUCGAUAGCUUGGACCAUAUUCGUGCUUUGGAUCGACUUCAAGAAGUGCCGCAUGAGGGUCCCAUGUGCGAUUUACUGUGGUCCGACCCCGAUGAUAGGGGUGGUUGGGGCAUUUCACCCCGUGGCGCCGGUUACACAUUUGGUCAGGACAUUUCGGAAACGUUUAACAACACAAAUGGACUGACACUCGUAUCUCGUGCUCAUCAGUUAGUCAUGGAAGGAUAUAAUUGGUGCCAUGAUCGCAAUGUUGUUACAAUAUUCUCAGCGCCUAAUUAUUGCUAUCGUUGUGGCAAUCAAGCGGCCCUAAUGGAAUUAGAUGAUUCACUAAAGUUUUCAUUCCUACAAUUUGACCCAGCACCUCGUCGUGGUGAACCUCACGUUACACGAAGAACACCGGAUUAUUUCCUAUAAGAGAAUUCUUCAUCCAUUUACAUAUAUUAUACUAUACAUACAUUUAUAUAAAUGCAAAAAGAACAGCAGAACAAACAAAGAAUACUAAAUUAUUUAUAAAAAUCUAAUUCCAAUCGCAUGGAAAGAAGAUUCAAUAAAUAAGUAAAAUCAAUAUAGUUGAAGUGAAUGUAAAAGUAUAUAAAUGAAGGUAACACCAGAUCUUAGCAGCAAUAAUUAUGGACGAGGGCUGCGAUUGGCAACUUAGUAGGAGUACUAAUAAGUUAUUGUGUAAGAAACAGCCGACACAAAACCCAUAUAAGUAUAUGUUUAAAACGUAGGCAUUAGUUUAAGGCUUACAAAAAAGAUGCAGCCAAAUGCGAAAAUUUUAGUAUAUGCAAAUCUAAAACAAACCAUUUCCACACUUUAGUUAAAUGAAAAGAAAUGAACUUUGGGACAGAAUUACAUUUGAUUUACAUUUAAUUUAACAGUUAACGCGAUGUGAUCAACGCUAAAUAGUAUAAUAUAUAAAUUCAUUAUUUAAAUAUCCACGGAUAAAUAAAGCCGAUUAAAAUUAAUAAAAGAAAUAAUUUAUCACAGCAAAUAAAAAUUAAAAUUUUCUAUUAAAUACGUAACUUUUAGAAUUCGCGCAUAGAUAUAGCCUUGUCACAUAUUUAACUAAUUAUCAAAUAUGAAGCAGAAAAUUUGAAUGAUAAAUCACAUAACA